ACCCAUUCCAAACACCAAAAUCCCGCUUUCUCCCCCUCUUCUUAAACCCAUUGCCGGCCGUUGCCCUAAUUCCAAGUUCGAUGGCGCUUUCCAGUCUUUCGCGCUUCCUCGUCUCCAGAAACUUUGGUAGAAGUGCUGAUGUAAAGGUAUCACUAUGGUUGGGUUCUAAAUGUGGAAUUUCUACAUCUGGACCUGAUCUUGCAACUGAUGCUCGGAGCACCUCAUUCAAGAGAUUUGCAGAUUACACAAUUUUCAAAGGGAAAGCUGCAAUGGCACUAUCGCCAAUUCUACCAACAUUCCGUGAAGUAAAUUCGCAGAGUUCUAAAUUAUGUAAGAGAGGUUGUGUUAUGAUGACAUUUUGGCCUGCAAUUGGAACGAAGAAGUAUGACUGGAAUAGAAAACAGGUCUUUGCUUUAUCACCUACUGAAGCUGGGAACUUAAUUUCUUUGGGUCCUGAGGAAUCAUGUGAAUUCUUUCAUGAUCCUUCAAAAAAUUCAAGCCUUGAAGGUCAGGUGAAUAAAUCACUAAAACUUUCCCCCACAGGCAAUGACCAGGGAUAUUUCCUCAAUUUGAUGGUUACAAACAAAAUCAAGGGCACAAAUGAGCGGUUUUCUGUUCCCGUCACUAAAGCAGAGUUUGCAGUUAUUCGCACGAUAUUAACUUAUAUACUGCCGCAUAUCUUGGGUUGGUCCCAGUCGGCGAUAUCCCAGCUGCCCCAAACUGCAUCAAAUCUACACAAGCAGGGGUUUGGGACACGGCCAGAUCCUGCUUUGGAGUGGGAAAUGUAACUUAAGUUGUUGGAGGCGUCAAAUGGUCCGCAAGAAUUUGUAUUCUGCAGUAUGUCGUGUUUUCACAAACAUGGAGAUUCUAUGAUUUGUUAGUCACUCUUUAAAUAGGACCAUGACAUUAUCAUUCAGGAUUAAAUGUUUUUUUAUAUCUGUAGUAGCUUUGAAUUGCGGAUACACCAUUGUGGUAUUA